GCAUCAUCUUGUGCAAAGAUGUCAGGAAUAAAAAGAGCAGCUGGAGAGUCCGGCACAUCCAUGCCUCCGGAGAAGAAGGCAGCUGUUGAAGAUUCAGGGACCACAGUAGAAACCAUUAAACUAGGAGGUGUCUCUUCAACGGAGGAAUUAGACAUUAAAACACUGCAAACCAAAAAUCGCAAGCUGGCAGAAAUGCUGGAUCAACGGCAGACCAUUGAAGACGAACUCCGUGAGCACAUUGAAAAACUGGAGCGAAGGCAGGCCACUGAUGAUGCCUCACUACUGAUUGUCAACCGGUAUUGGAGUCAGUUUGAUGAAAAUAUCCGUAUCAUCCUUAAACGCUAUGAUCUGGAGCAGGGCUUGGGAGACCUCCUCACUGAAAGAAAAGCCCUCGUUGUACCCGAGCCAGAACCAGAUUCUGAUAGCAAUCAAGAACGGAAAGAUGACCGAGAGAGAGGGGAAGGGCAGGAACCAGCUUUCUCUUUUCUUGCUACUUUGGCCAGCAGUUCCAGUGAAGAGAUGGAAUCUCAGCUUCAAGAGCGUGUGGAGUCCUCCCGCCGAGCUGUCUCCCAGAUUGUGACUGUCUAUGAUAAAUUGCAAGAGAAAGUGGAGCUCUUAUCACGGAAGCUGAACAGUGGAGAUAAUCUGAUAGUGGACGAAGCGGUGCAGGAGCUGAAUUCCUUCCUUGGGCAAGAGAAUAUGAGACUACAGGAACUGACAGACCUUCUUCAGGAAAAGCAUCACACCAUGUCUCAGGAGUUCUCCAAGUUGCAGAGUAAAGUGGAGACAGCUGAGUCCCGAGUGUGUGUCUUGGAGUCCAUGAUUGAUGACCUGCAGUGGGAUAUCGACAAAAUUCGGAAGCGGGAACAGCGACUUAACAGACACUUGGCAGAAGUUCUAGAACGGGUAAAUUCAAAAGGCUAUAAGGUCUAUGGUGCAGGGAGCAGUCUCUAUGGAGGCACCAUCACCAUCAAUGCCCGAAAGUUUGAGGAAAUGAAUGCAGAGCUGGAGGAGAACAAAGAGUUGGCUCAGAACCGUCACUGUGAGCUGGAGAAACUUCGACAAGACUUUGAGGAAGUCACUACACAGAAUGAAAAGCUGAAGGUUGAAUUACGGAGUGCAGUGGAGGAGGUGGUGAAGGAGACCCCAGAAUAUCGUUGCAUGCAGUCACAGUUCUCUGUCCUGUACAAUGAGAGCCUGCAAUUGAAAGCACACUUAGAUGAGGCUCGGACCUUGCUUCAUGGUACUAGGGGGACUCACCAACGCCAGGUUGAACUCAUUGAGCGAGAUGAGGUUAGUCUUCAUAAGAAGCUGAGGACUGAAGUCAUCCAGCUAGAAGAUACAUUGGCCCAGGUCCGCAAGGAAUAUGAAAUGCUGAGGAUAGAAUUUGAACAAACCCUAGCUGCCAAUGAACAAGCAGGUCCCAUAAACCGGGAGAUGCGUCACCUCAUCAGUAGCCUCCAGAAUCACAAUCACCAGCUGAAAGGGGAGGUCCUAAGGUAUAAGAGGAAACUGAGAGAAGCCCAGUCGGACCUGAAUAAGACACGUCUUCGCAGUGGCAGUGCCCUCUUGCAGUCUCAAUCUAGUACUGAGGACCCUAAAGAUGAACCUGCAGAGCUAAAACCAGAUUCUGAAGAUUUAUCUGCUCAGUCUUCUGCAUCAAAGACAUCUCAGGAGGAAGUCAAUGAAAUGAAGUCCAAACGGGAUGAGGAAGAGCGAGAGCGAGAAAGGAGGGAGAAAGAGAGAGAGCGAGAACGAGAGCGAGAGAAGGAAAAGGAAAGAGAACGAGAGAAGCAGAAAUUAAAAGAGUCAGAAAAAGAAAGAGAUUCUGCAAAGGAUAAAGAGAAAGGGAAACAUGAUGAUAUACGGAAAAAGGAAGCAGAAAUUAUCAAACAAUUAAAGAUUGAACUCAAGAAGGCACAGGAAAGCCAAAAGGAGAUGAAACUAUUGCUAGAUAUGUACCGAUCAGCCCCCAAAGAACAGAGAGACAAAGUCCAACUAAUGGCAGCUGAGAAGAAGUCUAAGGCAGAGUUGGAAGAUCUAAGACAAAGACUCAAGGAUCUGGAGGAUAAGGAGAAAAAAGAGAACAAGAAAAUGGCUGAUGAGGAUGCCUUGAGGAAGAUCCGUGCAGUAGAUGAGCAGAUAGAGUACCUGCAGAAGAAACUGGCCAUGGCCAAGCAGGAGGAGGAAGCUCUUCUCUCCGAGAUGGAUGUUACAGGUCAGGCCUUUGAAGACAUGCAAGAACAAAAUAUCCGUUUAAUGCAGCAGUUGAGGGAAAAGGAUGAUGCAAAUUUCAAGCUUAUGUCAGAACGCAUCAAAUCCAAUCAGAUCCAUAAGUUGCUUAAAGAAGAGAAGGAGGAGCUAGCAGACCAAGUUUUGACUUUGAAGACUCAGGUUGAUGCUCAGUUACAGGUAGUAAGAAAGUUGGAAGAAAAAGAACAUCUAUUACAAAGCAAUAUUGGCACAGGGGAGAAGGAGCUGGGUCUUAGGACCCAAGCCCUAGAGAUGAAUAAACGCAAGGCAAUGGAAGCAGCCCAGCUUGCAGAUGACCUCAAAACACAGUUGGAGUUAGCUCAGAAGAAGCUGCAUGAUUUUCAGGAUGAGAUUGUAGAAAACAGUGUCACCAAAGAAAAGGAUAUGUUCAACUUCAAACGAGCCCAGGAGGACAUCUCUAGACUGCGAAGGAAGCUAGAAACCACAAAGAAACCGGACAAUGUACCAAAAUGUGAUGAGAUUCUAAUGGAGGAGAUUAAGGAUUAUAAGGCACGCCUGACCUGUCCGUGUUGCAAUAUGCGUAAAAAAGAUGCUGUACUUACCAAGUGUUUUCAUGUUUUCUGUUUUGAAUGUGUGAAGACACGCUAUGAUACCCGUCAACGCAAGUGUCCCAAAUGCAAUGCUGCUUUUGGUGCCAAUGAUUUCCACCGCAUCUACAUUGGUUGAUACAAGCCAAGAGAAAGGGGGCUGGCUAGCCAGAUAACUGCUUAUUAACCACCAAACCUCUACCUCUCCUCUUCUUGGCUGUCACCUGGAGGGCAGUUUUUCUGUCAACUGCCUUUUCACAAAUUUUAAGUCCUGGUUCUCCUCUGUAAUAGUUACGAAAAUUCCAGUGGCAGACUGUUGACUGUAAGCCUGGGAUUUUAGGAUGAAUUUAAAGCAAACAACUCAUUUGUUUCUCCUUCCAGCUUUGUUUAAUUUCCUGCUUUUUUGGUUUUCAACAUUUUGUUCUUCAGGCUCACUGUAUAAUAGUGGAUUGUUCAUUCCUCCUGAAGAAGUGAAGUUAGUAUUUUUGAUACAGAAAAGGGAACAAAAAGUGGAGAUACAUGACUACUUUAGUGGUAGGCAUGAUGAUAUUUUAGAUAUAAACUAUCUGUAUGGGUACAGACUUUCUUGAUUUGAAUAGUAGUAAACUUUUGUAAACCUGAUUUAUAAAAUGAUUAUAAUUGUGUUACUAUUUCCUGGAUAGUUUGAAGCCUUAAUGAAAUUAUGUCCAGGAUGAGUAAAUUCACUCCCUUAUUAAUUAACUUGUUAUAGUUUGAUGGCUUCAUCGUUAUUUUGUUUUGAGUUUUCUCUUAAAUAUUAAAAAUUUUAAGGCCCAAACAAUUUCAAGUCAUAAAAUUCCUUUCACAAUGAAAUGAAAAUUGGAGAGGAUAGGGAACAGACUGAAGUGGUAAAGUUAAUGUCCAGAAUCUGAGAGUUUAAUAUAGGGAAGACUUGGUGCACUAUGGAUUAUUCUUAUUCUCUCUACGGAGAUUGUUAGUUGUUAUCUGUUACCAGAGAUAACUUGAUACUC